UCCGCUCUCAUUAUAUGUCAGUCCUUCGUGGGUGAGACAGUGUAUUACAGCUCCUUCAACUGAACUUUUUACAGGGUAAUGCUACUUCUUAACUUUAGGAGUCCUAGAUCUUAUCAUGGAGGACAAAAACAGUAAUGUGAUUACGAAUAAAACAGCGCCACCAUUGGAGAAAACAGAGGAUAUUUCAAACAACAAGGACGAAUGCACCAGCUAUGGAUGGGGGAAGAUUCGACCAAAAUAUCUCAAGUUUUUAAGUUCACCCGUUUGGUUCGUCGCAGUUUUCAGUGUCUUUAGCCUAUUUCAAGGCAUAGCUUCGUGGGGAUUUCCAAAUCUGGUUUUGCCAAGUAUUGAACGCAGAUUUGCCUUCUCUGCCAAAGAGUUGGGGGUGAUCGCGGCAGCAAACGACAUCUCGGCAUUGUUGAUUGUGGUGUUUAUCAGUUACUAUGGGGAUUAUGGUAAUAAAAUAAAAUGGAUGAGUGGAGGGGCUUUAGUGACAGGUCUUGGCGUAAUUAUCUUCGCUUUACCUCACUUUAUGAUUGGUCGGUAUCAUCCGGGGAGUUCACAUCUGCAAGGUUUAUGUAGUCAUGGAAACGGAACGAUGGCGCCAUGCGUCAGUGAAAACAGUGGAGGGGAUUGGUACUACCUGGCAGUGUUUAUUAUAGCGAUGUUAACCAUGGGUGCUGGUAGCGCACCUUAUUUUUCGCUGUUCAAUGCAUACCUGGAUGAAAAUGUCGAGCCGAAAUCCUUCCCAUUAUUUUUAGGAAUUUGUAACAUUAUACAAUUCUUAUCCCCAGGCCUAGGAUUUAUAAUUGGUGGGAAGUUUUUGAGCAUCUACGUGGAUAUAGAACAGCCGGUUGGUUUCAGUCUAACUCCUAGGGAUCCGCGAUGGAUUGGAGCGUGGUGGAUAGGAUUCCUUUUAUUCGGAUCGCUGAUAAUCCUGUUUUCUGUUAUCUUAUCUGGAUUCCCUCGUGAGAUGCCUGGGGCGAGAGAGAGACGACAAAAUCACAUACGCGAGGGGAAUAUCAAACCCAGCAACGAUUCAAAACAACCAAGCUUAAGAAAAAUUCCAUCCGAAUUGAAAGCUCUUUUGAAGAACUCUACCUAUGUCUUCAAUACGUUGGGUUUGACGUGUUUGCUCUUCUAUGCCGCAACUAUUGGGACAUUCUUUUCUAAAAUUUUGCGCGUGAAGUUUGGCCUGGAUGGUGUGAGUGUAGGAUACGUUUUAGCGACCAUAAGUUUCACGGGAGUUGUGAUUGGGGUUGCCAGCGGCUCCAUAAUUGUUCGACUGUUUUCAUUGAAGACGACGUGCAAGAAGGCUGCGGCUGCGACUGCCAUUUGUAAUUUACUGGCAAUUGGAGGAACCCUAAUAUACUUGAUACCCGCUUGUGAAAACGCCAAUAUUGCUGGCGUUGCUCUGCAAUACCACAGCCCGAGCAUGAAUCAGUCAAGUAAUUUCGGCUUACUGAAAUCCCAAUGUAAUAAGAAUUGUGGUUGUUCUCUAAAGUCGUUCUCGCCUGUGUGUGGAUCUGAUAAUUUAACAUACUUUGAUUCGUGUCAUGCUGGUUGCACACAACGACAUCGUAACAAGACAUUCACAAAUUGCUCCUGCAUACCAGGGAAAGCUAGAAAUAAACGAGGUUCAGCAACCCUUGGUUAUUGUGAUCGGGACUGUAAGAAUCUCGUGAUAUUCUCGUUAUUCGCCGUCAUAUCGUCGGCAAUUCGCUUUACCGCACUUGUUCCAACGAGAACAGUUACCCUAAGGUGUGUUCCUGAUGACAAACGUGCAUUUGCCUCCGGGGUCACGUAUGUGAUUUACAAAACAUUUGGUCUUCUUCCUUCUCCUAUUAUAUUCGGUCACAUAGUGGAUGAAUCGUGCCGGUUAUGGCAAAAUAUAUGUGGAAGAAAAGGGAGGUGCUUUGAUUACGAUAUCGUGUCCCUGAGUCGAAAUAUUGCAUUAUUUGGUGUGGUUAUUUCAGUGUGUACAACCAUUUGCUACUUCUUGUCCUGGUAUUUUUGCAAAACGAUCCCUGAGACAAAAGAGGAAAUCGCUGGUUUGGAAAACGAGGGUGCAGACCAAUUGGCAGCCGAUGAGACACCUCUGUAACAAUUUCGAGUGGUAAA